UGGUGGCUGCGGACCGGGUCUCGCCGCUCAUCAAGGUUGGCGGGAAAGAGGAGGCGGGGCAGAAUGGCGGCGGCGCCCACUGCCUCCUCGCCCGGCGGGUGCCCCACGGCUGUGAGGCUGCCGCGGUCGCCGCCGCUCAAGGUUCUGGCGGAGCAGCUGCGGCGCGACGCGGAGGGCUGUCCGGGCGCGUGGCGGCUGUCGCGGGAGGCGGCGGGCCGCGGGCUGCUGGAGCUGACGGCCGUAUGGAUGCAGGGCACGGUGUUGGCGGCGGGCGGCGGCGAGGCGCGGCUGCGGGACCCGAGCGGGGCCUUCUCGGUUUGCGGCCUGGAGCGGGUGCCGCGCGGGCGGCCCUGCCUCGUCCCAGGAAAGUAUGUGAUGGUGAUGGGAGUGGUUCAGGCCUGCAAACCGGAGCCACGCCUGCAGGCUGUGAAGAUGACAGAUCUUUCUGAUAAUCCCCUCCAUGAAAGCAUGUGGGAGCUGGAAGUGGAAGAUUUACACAGGAAUAUUCCUUAGAGGAUGUUGGAAACGUCGAUAAAAACAACCGAAAUUCAGAAACAACUUAGGUUCUUAUACCGUAUGGAUUUCAUGGACAUCACUCAAUAUGUAUUUCUCAAAAGUUUAUCAGAGAGCUUUGCUUCGAGGAGUCUGGAUGUAGGAUUUCUAAAUGCUGGGACACUCCAGUGAACUCAGCCCCUGCUGCCCCUUGCUAUGACUGUUUGCUGAUGAAAAGCAGAUGUUUUGUUCUCUUUUUCCUCUCC